AUGACUGGCUCCUUGAUCACCAUGUCUCCCUUUUGCUGCUUGGGGCAGGUGAUCCUGGACCAGUUCAACCCCAGCCUAAGGAGCUUCGUCACAAUGGGAAAGAGUUACCAGAAAGCGCUCUCAGGGGUGACGGUCGCAGCCAAGGGCUAUUUUGAUGCCCUGGUGAAGCUGGGGGAGUUGGCCAGUGAUAGCCAAGGAUCCAAGGAGCUCGGUGACACCCUUUUCCAGAUGGCUGAGGUGCAUCGCCAGAUCCAGGUUCAGCUGGAGGAAACUUUGAAGCUUUUCCACUCGGAGCUGCUGUCCCAGCUGGAGCAUAAACUGGAGCUGGACAUCAAGUACCUGACGGCCACGCUAAAGAAGUACCAGAGCGAGCACCGCGCCAAGGCAGAGGCUGUCGAGAAGUGCCAGGCUGAGCUGAAGAAAUUGCGCAAGAAGUGCCAGAGCAGCAAGAACCCCCAGAAAUACGGAGAUCGUGAGGUGCAGUAUGUGGAGGUGAUGAGCACCAAGCAGAGCGAGCUGGACCGCUUUGUGGCAGAGGGAUACAAGGCAGCCCUGACCGAGGAGCGCCGUCGGUACUCCUUCCUGGUUGACCGCCAGUGCACCGUCUCCAAACACUUCAGUGCCUACCAUGCCAGGGUGAAGGAGCUUUUGGGUACCAAGCUCCCUGCCUGGCAGCAGUCCUGCACGCAGCCCACACGCCUGCCCGAGCGCGCCCUGGCCCUGGUGAAGCAGACAGCCAACAGUCCCACUGCACCCACCAUCUCUGAAGCUCACCCGCUGCCUGCUGCCAAGCCCCUGGAGGUGCCACCCGAGCUGGCACUUCUGCUGGGGGGCGGGGGCCUGGCCCUCAACCAUGGUGCCUCAGUGCAGGAAGUGGCUCCCCUCCCCAAUGGGGACUCGCACCGCACCCGGGGCUCCCGUGACAUGGGGCACCCACCCCCCAGUGAGCCCAUCCCCACCAUGCCUGGCCUGCUGUCCCCACAGCCUGCCCAGCCCAUGGCUGACCAGACCCCACUGCUGCCCAAAGCCAGCGACAGCUACUCCUGUACCCUGCCCAUGCCACGGAAGGCCUCCACAGAGACCCGCCUCGCCACACUGGCUGAGAACAAGACCCUGCCGCGGAUCGGGCCCCUGUCAGUGCUGCCCACCCGGGCUGAGAGGCGCCGCGUCCAGGCUCUGUUCUCCCAUUCAGCCGGUGAGAACAGCACCCUGCUCAACUUCCAGGAAGGGGACAUCAUUGCCCUGCUGGUGACAGAGGCGCGGGACGGUUGGCACUAUGGAGAGAAUGAGGCCACCCAGAUGAAAGGCUGGUUUCCCUUCUCCUAUACCCGGCCCCUCGCCUUAUCCGAGACCCCUGAGAAACCCCACGGCAGUUUCCCACUGAGCAAACUCAACAGCAGCAGCACAGGGAACCUGGAUAAAGUAGGGAACUCAGCCCCCAGCCCAGAGAAGGGCCGCAGCGGGGACCCCCAGGCCUAUGCCCCCUCACCCCGCACCAGCACCUUUCGCCAGCGCCCCUACAGCAUGAUGAACCCCGACCUGUCACAGUUAGCUAACGAAUUUGGGAGCCCAAACUCCUCCCCCUCCAGGACUAACCCCUUCGCUCACAUCAAGCUGAAGCACACGGUGACCAACGAUCGCUCAGCCCCGCUGAUCCAGUGAGACCCCUGUCCAUGCCCCAAGCUGUAGAUGCUCCCUGGCCGGGGAGCUAGUGUCAGGAAUGUGCCCCCCCUACCCCUACCCCUACCCGGCCAGGGCAAGGACCAGGGCCUGGCACAGCCUGGAGCCAGUGAUUCACGGGCUCCCUCCAGUGGCCAAUUUGUGGAAGUGCCUGGGCUGUGUGGCUCAAGACAGGAAGGCUCUGGGCACAGAGGGUCAUGGGUUCAAAUUCUGCCAGGACACCUGCAGGGGGCAGCUAAGGCAGGAGCAGAAGCUCAGGGUGGGAUGGGGAAAAAGAGAGCGAGCAAGAGGCUACAGGACAGGUAUAGAGACUGUGACGGAGAGGUAGAGCAGAGGGGCAGGUAGGGAGGGGCCUGGUGUAGAGCUGCCCUCAUGGCCAGACGAGGAGGGGGGAGCCAGAGCAUGUGGUGAGGUAGGAGGGAAGAUGCAGGAAGUGGGGGGCAGGGACUGCUCCCAGACAGCGGCUGCCCCCUACAGGUAACUAGGCAUUGCCCUGUUCCACCCCCCGGGAUGAUUGCUGUGGGACUGUGCCUGUUCAUCUGUUCCCCGCACCCAUGCACCAUCUGUCUGUCCAUGUUUUAAAACCCUCUGUAUAGCUGUCAAUCUGUGUCCUCAGCCAUCUCCCUUUUACCUGCUGACCUGGCCAUCACCCUGCACCUUCUCCAGUUGUCCAUCUCCACCCAUGCCCCUCUAGCUUCUCUCUCACCCCACGCGGUGCUGGAUGUUCCCCCAAGUGCCUCCUCCACCCCCUGUGGGGACCCUACAUGACCUUGUCUGGGCUAUGGGUCAGGGACCCUGCACUUGCAGAAACUCACCCUGAGCACUUCAUUGGGGCAGAGCUGUACCCCCUAGCUGGGUACAUGGGGCAGAGAGGAUGGAGGAAAACCCCCAGGCCUGGGGCUUUGGUGGCCAACAAUGAACUGCCCCUGCGCUGGUGCCUGUCUUGGCAUGAGUGGUACAUGUCCCUGCUCCCCUCUCCCUGCCCCGGAGGAAAGAGCACACUCUGAGUUGUGUGGUGGGGAGAUGCACACGUGCUGCUGCUGAAGGGGAUGUGCCCUACCCUGUGUGUGUGCAGCCAGAGACUGUGGCUGGUGAGCCAUGUACAUAUCUAUGCAUCUUGGGAAAUACUGCAUCCCAUCCUAGGAUUAAUAAAGAUUAAUUUAAACCUCUCCCAGCCAUGGGUGCUCACCGCAUCAGAAACUCCCCAGAACUUUGUACGUGUGCACGUGUGUGUGUGUGCAUGUACACAUGCAGGCAUGUAUGUGUGCAUGCACGUGGCGAGAGAGACUGCUGAGCUUCCGGUGCUUUCCGUCCACCUCCCACAACCAGUCCAUACCCUUUGCCCACCCACUACCCCACCCAUCCUUCCCCCAACACUCUUGCUCCCCAAUCCCUCCCUGCCUGCGAGGCCCAUUAUCCACUCAUCCC